UUUAUAAAGCACCGGUGUAAUAACCCAACCCAUUUUUUCGUGGGUACUGGUAUGUACAGCCGUAUCGAGGGCAGUCCCACCACGCAAACGCUUGUUCCUGCUCUCGUAAACUACCAAAACAACAAAUUCAAGAGGUAAGAGCGACAUAACGUUUCCAUGAGUUGACGACUGACGACGCUGCCCUCCAAAAAAGAAACAGCCUCACAAUUCCAGAGCCACUACAAGAUCUUUAGAAUCCCUGUGCCUUUCUUGCUCUCACCUGAAGUGAAAAAGGGCUUCAUCUGACGAAACAACCACACCGUGGCGCCAGACAUUAUCAUGAAUAACAUGGUUGAUCCAGGUAGCACGACGGCAUCUAACCCGGCCGAACCACAAAUCGUACCUUUCCUUGACCUUGUGCGGCAAGUUGUACAGGAACAGGAUACUGAAGCAUUUGCCACCUGGUACGAUGGCCGAGGAAAACAAACCGACGAGUACUCGUUUGUCCGAAUGUGGGAAGAAGCAGGUGUGAUCGCCAACCAUCUCCGCAAGUGGAACGUGGAGAAAGGGGAUCGGGUCGUCCUGUGCUAUUCCUUUGGACUCCAUUUCUUUGCUACCUUCCUUGGAUGUUUGCGAGCCGGAGUGGUAGCUGUUCUAGUCUACCCGCCGAUUCCGCCCUUGACCGAAUCACUCCCAAAGAUGAACAAGGUCGUCUCGGACUGCAAUGCCAAACUCAUUCUCAUUGAUUCUACCAUUGCAUUGGGCAAGAGAAUUGACAGGUGGUCUCCAUUAUCGAGCAGUCGACAUCUGUGGCCCAACAUUGCUGAGUGGAAGGUCACUGAUAAGCUUUCCUGGCAUGGACUGACUAAGUUCGACGACUCGGUGCCGGCUCCAACCGACUUGGCGUUCCUCCAGUACACGUCCGGCUCCACUGGUGAACCAAAAGGUGUCAUGGUUACUUUUGAGGCACUGGCUGCCAACGUCAAAAUCAUACACAUCGGCUAUAAACAGUGCUUUCGAGAUGGGAUGCCUGAAAGACUGACUGGAUUCUCGUGGCUUCCCCAGUAUCACGACUUGGGUUUGAUCUACGCUACCAUCGCACCGUUUGCUGGUGGGUUUCGAAUGCACAUGAUGAGCCCCAUUGAUUUCGUGAAGAAUCCUCUUCUCUGGAUCGAGCUCAUGUCCAAACACCGGGUGCACUGGGGUGUGGCUCCAGACUUUGCCUUCAACCUGGUAGUGCGAAAGUUUAUCGAGGCACGAGAUCGAAAAGGCAAAGAACCAAUUCCUGGGCUGGAUCUGUCGACUCUUCACAACCUCCAGAACACUGCCGAGCCAGUCAAAACUAGCACAAAGAAAAACUUUGAGGAACUUUUUGCCCCCUAUGGAUUGAGAGAUGGGUGGUUUGCUUCCGGUUAUGGCUUGGCAGAAAAUACUGUUUGUGCUGCAGCUUGUUUUGAAUUUCAUCUCUCUUCGCGAGACGAGGACUUGCAUCCUUUCGUCGCGGCUGGAUCUAGGGAUGUUGGUGACCCAGGAGUUUGCUCGUUGAAAGUUGUAGACCCAGUGACUUGUCAAGAGGUUCCGGAUGUCACAACUGGUGAAGUGUGGAUCGGUGGCAUAUGCCGAGCUGCUGGGUACUUUGGAAAGCCAGAUCUAAGCAGAGAAACGUUUGGCGGCAAGCUGGUUGGAGAUACUUCAGACCGUACAUUUCUACGAACAGGAGACCUGGGCUUCUUUCAGGACGGCAAACUCUACAUAUGCGGCAGAUCAAAAGAUAUCAUCAUCGUGAAUGGAGCCAAUUACUAUCCUCAGGAUGUUGAAGCUGCUGUGCAAGAAGCAUCGCCAGCCGUUCGCCCUGGUUGUCUGGCCGCAUUCUCGUCGUCUGAAACUGCCGAUGCUGGUGCUGCCUUGGAAGUCGUUUUUGAGAUACGAAACAAUAUGCUCCACGAUUUGGCCGAUGUUGUCGAAACCGUGCGUCGCAGUAUCAUCGCUUCAACUAAACUGUCACCGCAUCGCGUCGUUGCGAUACGCGAAAGAUCAAUACCCAAAACAACCAGUGGCAAGAUCAAAAGAAGGGCAACUCGAACCGCUUUGCAUGAGGGUGCUCUUCCAGUUCUGCUAGAAUGGUCGAACACAGGGAGUACCUUUGGCGAAGAUUUCUUCAGCGCAGAGUUGCUGCCUGAUAUAGGGGAAAACGAUGUCACUGCGUUUGAUGACAUCAUGCUCAUUAGCGAACACAUGAGACAGUACAAUGUCGACGGGGACUUGUCUGAGUUGUGCCGGCGACUGGGGCAGUCUGCGCACAAGAGGACAGCUCCGCAGCACUUCGCUGCUGACAGUAUGGACAUCAGCGAACACAGUUUCUGUACUGAUGAGGUGGAUAUUGGCGAUAUUGCCUCCAUCCGACAAUCUACCGAGCCUGAGAUACCAAAGGAAGACAAAAAAGAAUCAAAUGAAAGUGGACCGGACGCUCCUGGCGAUGGACUUGUUCAAUAUUAUGCAGCGUCAUUCGGUAACACGUCAAUUCAACUUCCAGAAGCAGCUGUAGCAGCUGUGUGUGCAAUUGAAGCAAACGAGGAGAAGUUGAAUGAUGCAUUUGAUCACCUUGGUCUCAGCUGUAUCCCGGAGAUAGCACAAGAGUGGAAUGAACUUGACAAGAGCACCUCUACCAUACAGGCCAUGUGCAAGACAGCGAUGGAUGCCAUCAACAAGCAUAAUCCCGUCUUGGUCCGUUUUGCUCAUCUCCUAGCAGCCCAUCCGGAAUGGAUUCAAGGUCAAAACGGAGCCGAGCAACUGGAAGGGAUGAUACACCAAGCCUUUGUGCUCAACUGGGCUACGACAGUCCUGUGUGCCAGCCCUGACCUGAUCAGGAAGAAGAUGGCUUUCGACAGCAAAAGCGAAAUGGAAGCUCUUAAGGAUCACAAGCCAGUAGCGCUUCCCAAAGACGCCCGCUUCUUGGUUAACGGGAGUGAGGAAGACUCUCUGUUUGGGGCUGUGAGCCUCUUUCUGUGGAUGAAGCAUCGUACUGUAGGGAAAACCAUUAGUUCGAUUCUUGAAGCUGAGCAACAAGUUGGCGAGGCAAAGAGUAGAACCGAACUUUUGUCUCAGGAGCUCUUCUUCAUCAACAUAUUGGAAGCUACGUGGCUGGAUGAAAGGCAAGGCUUCUCUGACAACGCUUUCGUUGGGAAAUGGGCCGCUGCUCGGUGUCAUGUCUCCGGAAUGAGUGGUUACAAGGCAUUGAUUCGUCAACAGUCGUUUGCGGAAGUCUACUCGGCUUGGAAUAUGGCUUUUGUGAUGACCUUGGAAAACCCGCUUCUCAUCGCAAAACUCUUGAUACCGUGUGUGAGCGCAUGUGAACCUGAAGACUUCCUUUGGAAUCGCAUUGUCUCGUUGUAUCUUUCUUCAACAACGAUUCUUCCGUCUGCUCUCGCCGACCAAAGAAACCCUAUCUUGUCGUCCACUCCUAUCGAAGCUUUGGGGCAUUUGAAUCGAGCUUGGGUACGCUUCCUUGAUCCAGAGUAUGAGCACAAGACAACACCAGCACCAGGUUGGUUCAGGUUAUUUGACUCAUGGAACCGGAUCUCUCCAGCCACUAGCACAAUUGGUGCUGUUUCAAAGAGCAUUAUGCCUUCUGAAGCACAACGCCAAACAAGGAAUUUGUCCGCUUCAGAAAUGUUUGAAGUUGUCCGCAACGCGGUUGCUUCGUUGUUGGGUGUAAAUGCCGAUGAUAUCCCUGCCAGCCUCCCUCUAGAUCAGAUGGGGCUAACCAGUAUGAUGGCUGUUGAGUUGGCUGAUCAGUUGGGUGCAGCCACUGGAGAAUACAUCCCAACCACAUUGGUUUAUGAAGGUGGCUCUACCGUCGAGGACAUUGUUCGCUACCUGAACAACAUGCACGACGUUCCCAUUGACCAUCCCAUUGACGCCGCUUCUGAAUCCUCUAUGGAACCAAUCGCUGUGAUCGGAAUUGCAUGUCGGCUUCCCGGAGAAGUGCAGUCGCCAGAAGAUUUUUGGAAGCUCCUUGCUACAAACACAGAUGCCAUUCGAGAAGUCCCACCCAGUCGAUAUGAUUGGCGCGAGUACUACGAUCCAAGGUCGGGUAGAGCAGGGAAGACUGCCUCGAAGUGGGGAGGAUUCAUAGAAGACAUUGACGGAUUCGAUUCCAGGUUCUUUUCCAUGUCAACCAGGGAAGCUGAAUCUCUCGACCCCAAAGCACGGCUUCUGCUCGAAUGUUCCUUCGAAGCAUUUGAGGAUGCUGGCCUACUUCGAGAUGACUUGCUUGACAGCAAGACUGGUGUCUUUCUUGGUUCUGGUGAAAGUGAUUUCGCAAUUGAGACAUUUCAGAACCCAACAGAAUUGGACCAUUAUUCUCUGCUUGGGUGCUCAAGUGCAGCGACAGCUGGCAGAGUCAGCUACGUCUUUGGGCUUCGAGGUCCUGCAAUGACAAUUGACACGGCAUGCUCGUCAGGCCUAGUUGCAGUGAAUCAAGCUUGCAGCUCACUCUCCGCUGGAGAGUGCAAUAUGGCCUUAGUUGGGGGUGUCAACCUUGUGGGACCUCAUGUGACCGUUGCAUUGAGCCAAACUGGAGUUCUUAGCCCUACCGGGCGGUGUCAUGCCUUUUCUGCCGAUGCGGAUGGCUACGUCCGAGCAGACGGCUGUGGAGUGCUACUUCUGAAGCCACUCUCUGCUGCAAUCCGUGACAAAGAUAGAAUCCGAGGAGUGAUCCGAGGUAGUGCUUGCAAUCAAGACGGGAAAAGCAUUGGACUCAGCGCCCCCAGAGGUGAAGCACAACAGGCUGUUGUACGUGACGCGCUGCGGCGUUCCGGGAUCCCUCCAUCGCAAGUCGGUUACGUGGAGUGUCAUGGCACUGGAACAAAGCUUGGAGAUCCAAUUGAAGUAAAUGCGUUGGGAAAAGUGUUCGCUCAGGACAGAGGACAAGGAUCAAAUCUCAUCAUUGGUUCCGUGAAGAGUAACAUUGGUCACAGUGAAGCAGCUUCAGGGGUAGCUGCGUUGAUCAAGGCGUUGCUCUGUCUGGAAAAGAAGAGCAUCCCCGCUAGCUUACAUGCCAGCAAUCUCAAUCCACACAUACGGUUUGACAGAUUGCCAAUUGAAGUUGCGACCGAGAACACUGAAUGGAAGCCCAAUGGGAUGCCAAGGGUGGCCGGUGUCUCCUCUUUUGGUAUCAGUGGCACCAACGCCUUUGUCGUCGUUGAGGAAGCCCCUGAAUCCCUUCGUUCGGACUACGGUUCCUCUCCCGAUUCUGAAGAACACGUUCUUCCCAUUGUUUUGUCAUCGCACAGCCCACAGGCAACCAUUAUUCGCGCCACACAACUGCAUUCUCAUUUGAUGACGCAGCCGGAUGUAUCGAUUGUCAAUCUUGGGUUUACAUUGGCAACCAAACGUACUCUGUUUCAGGAGCAUCGAGUUGGCAUUGCCGCAUCUUCACGAGCUAAUUUGUUGGAGGAGCUCGAACUGCUUGCGAAAGGAAACCUCGAGAGUUGUGUUGAAGCCUCAGAUGUCAGCCCCAACAGAAAGCUAUGUGUGCUCCUCUCUGGCCAGGGAACACAUCACCAUGGGAUGGGGAAAGAUCUGUAUCAAACCUAUGAAUCCUUUCGCCAGGCUGCAGACGAAUGCGCAAAGCACUUCGACGAGGAGCUUGAACUCCCUCUGUUGACCGUAAUGUUUGCAGAGCCAGGAACAGGCGAAGCGGCACUGCUGGAUCGGAGCGACUUCGCCUUGACCGCGCUGUUCACAUUCCAAUACGCCACGUUCCAGCUGUGGUCAUCUUGGGGAGUCCAACCAGAUAUGCUUAUUGGCCACAGCGUUGGCGAAAUGGUUGCUGCGACUAUCGCUGGAAUGUUUGACUUGGGUGAUGCAUGUCGACUCGUUGCUACUCUAAUACGAUUGACAAAGGAACUGUCGCACAAUGGCUCUAUGCUCGCAGUCGAGGCAUCCGAGUCAAAGCUUCUUGACUUGAUCAAAAAAUUGGACGGGGCCGUUGACAUUGCUGCUGUCAACUCACAGCACCAAGUCGUCCUGUCAGGACCGAACGAAACAAUCGAAAAACUGCAAGAAGCGUGUCGAUCGAUUGGCUUGAAAGCAGAGAAACUCAAUGUAGACUGUGGAUUCCAUUCGAGAUGCAUGCACCCAAUCCUGGGUGCCUUCAGCGAGGAGACGUCCAAGGUUCAGCAGAGGAUGCCAGUGAUUCCUGUCAUCGGUUGCUCAGAAUGCGGGCUUGUUGAUUCAGACGCCAUGGCGGACGGUGACUUCUGGUCCCAACAGAUUCGGGGAACCGUGCGAUUCGCAGAUGCGGUGAGUGUUGCACAAGAUCGGGGCGCCGACAUCUUUUUGGAGCUGGGCCCGUCAUCGCAACUCAUUGACCACAUGGCGUCUAAAACGUCGGAAGAGAAACUGCCAAGUCUUGUGUCGACGUUGAAGAAGGAGGGAAGCAGUGAGCAGCAAGCAUUCACGAGAGCUGCCUGCGACUUGUUUUGCUCGGGCAUGGCGCCAUUGUGGGAUAGUGCUUUUCCAGCAAGUGCCAGAGUGGUAGAUCUGCCAACCUAUCCAUUUGACCGGCAAAGAGUUUAUCGGAAGCCUUUUGGGCCCGGCGAACUCGCAUCUACUUCGUCAGGCAAAAUGAACAACCCUCGAAACGGUCCAAGUUCAGCUGCGUUGACAUACUCUUUGACCGACUGUCAGCGGUUUCUGGCAGGGUUGCUUGGAGGAUUGCCAGAACAUUAUGACAAAAGCCUCUCCCUACAUGCCGCCGGAUUUGAUUCGUUGUCACUAAUGUCACUGAUUCGGCACAUCAAUGAUGUGACAGGAUCUUCUUCUUUCAGCCCGUCUUGCCUGAGAAAGGAUAUGGUUGUCGAAGACAUUGUCAAGCUUAUCCAAAACGAAUGUGCUGCCAAUCUUCACAGACGAGAAGGCACAACCACAGCCAGCGAACUCGCGAGCACACAUUCAUUGGGGAGAUCGGGAAGCCACGUACAAGGGAUCGACCGUGAGGAAGCAGGCAAGCUCGUCCUGCCUCAUUUCGACGAAGAUGACGCUGUCACGCACCAUGGAAUCGAAAGUCCACCAAUAACAUGGCAACGCGAGAGGAUGCUGGCUGGGGUUGCAUUCGUAGCGACUGUUGGUUGGUGGAUACUCUCACUCUACACCUUUGGUUCUCAAGAAGAUCCCGAACAAGUCCUACUCUACACAGUUGUGGUCCUUUUCCUUUGUCUCCUCAGCCGGAAUUUUGUGUACUCCAAGGUCUCGCAAGGGGCAAGCUGGAUACCUGAUCCAAUCACCUUCACACACAGUCUUCAGCAGGUCCCGGUUGUGCUUGCUUUCAUCGCCCUCUUUGCGGCUGGCACGGACACAUUCCUGAAAUUCUGGGGAUCCAUCCUGUUUGGCUUUUACCUGUUUACGUUCUCCAACAUCCUGAUCUCGUGGGAUGACUGCUCGGUGGACUUUCGAAGAUUCUACGUUGUUCACCACUCCUUGGCAUUCAUCCUCACUGGCGCAUUCCGAAUUCCAGAUGACGAGUGGACCGAUGAACUAGCCUUGGGAGUUGUGGUGUUUCUGACCUCUGACAUUUGGAACGAUUUGUUCAUUCUCUUUAGGUGCAUCUAUGGUCAUGAUGCUUUGUCCCGAUGGCAGACGGCGUACCUGCAGCUGGCUGCAUUUGCCGCAGAACGUCUGCAGCGCCUAGCCACCUUCUGUAUUGCUUUCUUUGUCGACGAAAAGAACGCACUGGGAUAUCUUCUCUUUUCAGCAGGCAUUGCCAUGGAGAUGUGGGAUAUCUAUUUCCAGGCCAAGCGGGUGUUACGCCAGUUUCGUGUUGCCCAGAGGUUCACAGGUCAGGCCACCUUGGGCUCCAGCCGCGACCUCGAAAUGGGAAUGCCAUCAUCGACGAUGGCACCUCAAGAAGAUGUACCGUAAUCUCCAACGCUUCCAAUUCGCACAUAGCUACUCUUGGCCCGAACAUAAUGUCGCUGUCCUCCACUUCCCCUCCCAUCCAUAGUGGUGGCAAUCUUCUGCAUGCCAAAUUCAUACGGUAGCCAGACACCAUGACAUGUACCGUAUAAGUCGUUCAUAAAGUAAAUACAACAAAAGUCAUCUUUGCUCGGGCCA